AUGGCCUUAAUAUCACAACUUGAGCUAAAAAAGUUUGAUGAAGCCCUCAAAGAUGACUACUGGGUCAAAGCCAUGAAAGAUGAACUUGAUCAAUUUGAAAGAAAUAAAGUGUGGGACUUGGUUCCAAAACUAUCCAAUGCUACUGUCGUAGGAACAAAAUGGAUUUUCAGAAAUAAGCUGAAUGAAUCUAGUCAAGUAGUUCAUAACAAAGCAAGGUUAGUCGCCCAAGGUUACUCUCAGCAAGAAGGAAUUGACUACGAUGAAAAAUUUGCUCCUGUAGAAAGAUUAGAAUAUAUUCGAAUUCUACUUGCUUUUGCUGCUCAUAAAGGAUUUAGGCUAUUUCAAAUGGAUGUAAAAAGCGCCUUCCUAAACCAAGUAUUCAAGUUGUCAAACGCUUUAUACGGACUCAAAAAAGCCCCCCGAGCCUAG